CAGUUUCCUGAAGCUCCAGUCGAUUCACCCAUUUCUUGGAGAGCCGGCCAGCCACUGGAGGCAGCCGCCAUGGAGCAAGGGUUGGAGGUGGUCCUCACGGACCUACAGAGCUCCUGGAACAACUUGAGGCACCACACAGAGGAGAUAAGCUCCACCCGCCUCCUCAUCCGCCGUGGCCAGGCCUUCAACAUCACCCUUUACUUCAGGAACCGGGCCUUCCAGCCUGACCUGGACAACGUCAUCUUCGUGGUUGAGAUGGGCCCCCUGCCGGACCUGGCCAGGGGGACUCGGGCCGUGUUCAGCCUGGCAAGCCGUGGUGGCCCCAACAGCUGGAUCGCUUCACUGGAGCUCAAUGGGGCCAACUCCCUGGAAGUGAGCCUAUGCGCCCCUCCUAUGGCACCUGUGGGUCUGUACCUAUUGAAGGUUCAUAUCGACUCCUUCCAGGGGUCUAUCACUGCCUACCAGCUCGGAGAGUUCAUUCUGCUCUUCAAUCCCUGGUGCCCAGAGGACACUGUCUACUUGGACAGCGAGCCUCAGAGGCAGGAGUAUGUCAUGAAUGAUUAUGGCUUCAUCUACCAAGGGAACAAGAACUGGAUCCAACCAUGCCCCUGGAACUAUGGACAGUUUGAAGAGAAUAUCAUAGACAUCUGCCUGCAGCUGCUGGACAAGAGCCUAAACUUCCAGAUCGACCCAUCCACGGAUUAUGCUCUGCGGGGAAGCCCUGUCUACAUCAGCAGAGUGCUGUGUGCCAUGAUCAACAGUAAUGAUGACAAUGGUGUGCUCAAUGGAAACUGGAGUGAGCGUUACUUGGAUGGCAUCAACCCCGCAGAGUGGACCGGCAGUGUGGCCAUCCUGAAGCAGUGGCAGGCCUCAGGCUGCCAGCCGGUGCGCUACGGGCAGUGCUGGGUCUUUGCUGCUGUCUUGUGCACAGUGAUGAGGUGCCUGGGGAUCCCCACUCGCGUGGUCACCAACUUUGACUCCGGCCACGACACAGAUGGAAACCUGAUUAUAGAUGAGUAUUAUGACAGCACAGGCAGGAUUUUGGAGAAUAAGAAGAAGGAUACUGUCUGGAACUUCCACGUCUGGAAUGAGUGUUGGAUGGCCCGACGGGACCUGCCUCCUGGGUUCGGUGGCUGGCAGGUGCUGGAUGCCACCCCACAGGAGACAAGCAACGGCCUCUACUGCUGCGGCCCCGCGUCCGUCAGAGCCAUCAAAGAAGGAGAAGUGAAUCUGAAUUAUGACACGCCCUUUGCCUUUUCCAUGGUGAAUGCCGACUGCAUGUCCUGGCUUGUCUAUGGAGGGAAGAAGCAGAAACUUCACCGGGACACGAAUUCUGUUGGUAAUUUCAUCAGCACCAAGAGCAUCAGGAGUGAUGAGCGGGACGACAUCACAGAGGACUAUAAGUACGGAGAAGGUUCCCCCCAGGAGAGGCGGGUGUUUCUGAAGGCUCUUCAGAAGCUGAAGGCUGGAAGGUCCCAUGGCGCCUAUCAAGCAGGCUCCCAACCUUCCAGGGCUGGGCCACUGAGCCAAGGCAUCCCUCAGGACCAGGAUGCACCCUCCCUUCGGCCCAGUGAUGUUGUCCAGGUCUCCUUGAAAUUCAAGCUGCUCAACCCCCCCAUCAUGGGCCAGGACAUAAGCUUUGUCCUGCUGGCCUUCAACAUGUCACCCCAGUUCAAGGACCUCAAGGUGAACCUGAGUUCCCAGUCCCUGCUGCAUGACGGCAGCCCCCUGCCCCCAUUCUGGCAGGACACGGCGUUCAUCACACUCUCUCCUAAAGAAGAAAAGACCUACCCCUGCAAAAUCCCCUAUUCUCAGUACAGCCAGUACCUGUCAACGGACAAGCUGAUCCGCAUCAGUGCCCUGGGUGAAGAGAAGAGUAGCCCUGAGAAGAUCCUGGUGAACAAGAUCAUCACCUUGACCUAUCCCAGCAUCAUGAUUCAUGUUCUAGGAGCAGCCAUUGUGAACCGGCCACUCUCCAUACAGGUGAUGUUCUCAAACCCCCUGUCGGAGCAGGUUACGGACUGUGUACUGACCGUGGAAGGCAGUGGUCUCUUCAAGAAACAGCAGAGAGUCAUCAUUGGGAUCCUCCAGCCCCAACACAGGGGUAGCAUCACUCUGGAGACUCUUCCCUUCAAGAGUGGACAAAGGCAGAUCCAAGCUAAUCUGAGGAGCAACAAGUUUAAGGACAUCAAGGGUUACCGGAAUGUAUAUGUAGAGUUUGGGUUAUAAAUUUUGGGGCCAUGAGCUGCACGUACAGAUUUCAAGAUUUAGGUAAAGGAGCUAGUUUGAAUGCAAGCUGUUCCAUCCUCCACAGCAACAUAGGUUUUGCGGGGCUCUGACGGGAGCAGCAGAGAGGAUGUCCGUGAGGAUGCCGGUGAUGGAGAGUUCCCAGGGCCAGUUGCACACUCCCUAGGGCUCCAUGGUGUCCCAUCCAGGGGUGUGAGAUGGCAGAGGUCAGAGGAUACUGGUUGGACCUACUGCCCCCUAGAGGUCAAAGAAAGAAGACCUGUGGAGCAGCUCACUGUCGUUUGGUUGUUUCAAUGACUAAUUCCCUAUUACCAAUAAAAUUCAGUCCUUGCUCCUUCA